CAUUUUGGUUGCUGUAUGAAUGGAGCAGGCUGUACAAUAAUACCUUUAGCCGCCAUUUUAAUUUGAGUUUAUGAAUUUAUUUCGGAGGUUAAAUGUGCUUUUAUGAACUCUUAUUUUUUGUAACAGAUCUAAUUCGGUGGUAAUUUGUUUGUGAAAUGUUAAAAUCUUACUGUGGUGAAUUUAUUUCCGGAAAAAGUCGUCCUCAUCCUCCGACCGUUGUACGUCAGAUGUUCUGCAUGGUGCAACCUUCCCUACAGCUGUUUGUGUUUCAGUAACUUCGGAUUUGUAUUGAGUUCGCCGCUGCCGUAGAUCGCUUUUACCAAACGUUAAAGAAAGUUAUUGCAUUUCUCGGCCAGUUAACAUAAAAUUGUGUGCAAGAUGUUCCUGACCCGCUCCGAGUACGACCGUGGUGUAAACACCUUCUCGCCCGAGGGACGCCUUUUCCAGGUUGAAUAUGCCAUCGAGGCGAUCAAAUUUGGAUCCACGGCGAUUGGAAUUAGCACACCGGAGGGUGUUGUGAUGGCGGUAGAGAAACGUAUUACCUCAUCGCUGAUAGAACCCUCGAAGAUGGAAAAGAUCGUAGAAGUGGACCGUCACAUAGGAUGUGCUACCUCGGGCUUGAUGGCCGAUUCGCGAACGCUGCUCGAUCGUGCACGUAUCGAGUGCCAGAACCAUUGGUUCGUGUACAACGAGCGCAUGUCGGUAGAAUCUUGUGCACAGGCCGUAUCGAACGUGGCCAUCCAGUUUGGCGAUGGUGACGAUACGGACUCGGCCAUGAGCCGACCGUUCGGUGUAGCUAUACUGUUCGCCGGCAUUGAGAAUGGUGAGCCGCAGCUUUGGCAUAUGGACCCGUCCGGGACGUACAUUCGGUUCGAUGCGAAGGCGAUCGGGUCCGGUAGCGAAGGUGCACAACAGAAUUUGCAGGAGUACUAUCUGCCCACGAUGACCAUCAAGGAAGCGAUUAAUCUAGCCCUUAGCACACUGAAGCAGGUGAUGGAAGAGAAGCUGAACUCAACGAACGUUGAGGUCAUGACGAUGACACCGAAGGAACUGUUCCGAAUGUUCAGCAAGGAGGAAGUGGAAGAGUACAUCAACAACAUGAGCUAAGCGGGCUGUGUGUGAAGCAUAUUGCUCCCCGGGAUAUUUCCACCCACCUUUCUUCGGUCACACACACGGGCACCCUCUUUUUUUUCGUCAUGUUAUUAUCAGCAGACUGGUUUGAGCAUCUGGUAGGGCAAGGUAUCGCGGUUAACACGUAUUUCGGCGGUGUUGAGAAGGAGUUCGAAUUUGCUUUCUUUUCGAUUAGCAGCUUCUCGACGGAAGCAAAGUAAGACUUGUGCAAGGCAGAUAAGAGAAUAAAAUUUGUUCAAGAAGUGAA